UCUGGUGACAUCCACGCUACAAUGAGGUGAACGGUUGUUUUCGUCUCCAUGAUUGAAAGUAGCUGCCUAGAAAUCGAGGUUUUAACGGCUGUUACAUCGGAUUAACGAGGUGUCCCCGGCCCCGACUACCCCUGACAUUACAGCCAGACUGAGGGUUUCAUCCCCCGGGUCGUUUUCGGUCAGUUCCUCGCCAUGUUAUCAUCGGUUCCCACCAGGCUCAUUGCUCGAAGGUCGCGCAGCCUGUCACCGUGCAGCCGCGUCCUCCAGACCAGCGCGAGCGGUGCUGCGCGGCAGGGCACCCGGGAGAAACCGACAGAGAACAACCGCAACCCCAUCGUGUCUACCUCCCGGGUCUCCAGGAGGGGGAUUUUAGACGAGGACACCGCUGGUUCCAGUGUGAACCCGGUGGUGCAGUACCACCAUCUCGCCCCAAGAUGGCUGUCCAACCUUGAGAACCGCCGCAACUCAUGGGCGUCUCUGGCCGGCAGGGGACGCAACAACAACCACUACUGGGAGGAGAGCGGCGGAGGAGAGGGCCGGGGGACAGGAGGGGGAGCCGGCCGAGCAGGGGUGGCCUCUGCCGGGGUGCUGUCCGCUGCUGCCCUGGCCUUCUGCCUGAAGAAAGACUCUGAUAACAAAGGUGAUGCUCUUCUGGAGGCAGCGAGGACCAAUAACUCUGAAGAUGUUGCCAGGCUGGUGAAAGAGGGGGUCGAUGCAAACCAACGCCACCGUCUCGGUUGGACCGCUCUCAUGGUGGCUGCCAUGAACCGCCAGCACAGUGUGGUGAAGGUUCUGCUCGCAGCCGGUGCCGACCCAAACGCAGGAGAUGAUUUCAACAACGUUUACGACACCUCGAGGGAGAAAGGCAUCCACUCACUGGAAGUUCUGGUGUCCAGAGAGGAUGAGUUCAGCAGCAGGCUCAGCAGCAGGGCGGGUUUCCGUGGCUGCACAGCGCUUCACUACGCCACGCUGACAGAUGACCCCCGCACCGUCCGCAUGCUGCUGGAGUCUGGUGCCAACCCCCUGCAGACCAAUGGUUUGGGACACACAGCGCGGGCCUAUGCCAAGGAUGGAGAAGUGAGCACAGUACUGACGGAGUUUGAGGGGAAGUUCCAGGAGGUGCAGGCUCGGCGCGAGGCGGCGGAGAGGCGGAGGUUCCCCCUGGAGAGGAGGCUGAAGGAGUACAUCAUCGGACAGGAGGGGGCCAUCAAUACUGUGGCCUCAGUAGGCGGGCUCAGACAGACCGGCGGAGGCUGUAAUUGGUUAAUUGUGAUGAAUGAGCUGUCUGUCAGGCAUACACAGAUCUUCAUCACACCCACUAUUCCUCCUUCACCUUUCCGUCCUUUUCCUACUUCCACUUUCCGUCAUCGUUCGCCCAUGCUGUGCCCUCCAUUUCCCUUCCUCAAAACGCACAGGGAUGGAGAGGCGGAAGGCAAUGAGAUGGAGACAGGAAGUGGAAAGCAGAUAGAUAAAAAGAUAGAUGAUGGGAGGAGGUAG